GGUCACGUGUCGCCUGUCAUGGCGGCCUCCAUGGCGGCGGCGAGCGGCGGCUCCGUGACGCGGCGGCUGCUGCGGGGAGCGGCGCGGGGCCUGAGCGGCGGCGGCGGCGGCGGCGGCGGCGGGGCCGCUGCGGAGGAGCCGGAGGGUGCCGUGGUGAACGUCGUCUUCGUGGAUCGAACGGGGCGUCACGUCCCGGUGCGGGGCCGCGUCGGGGACAACGUGCUGCACCUGGCGCAGCGGCACGGGCUGGAGCUGGAGGGCGCCUGCGAGGCCUCCCUGGCCUGUUCCACCUGCCACGUCUACGUCAGCACCCCCCACCUCGACCGGCUCCCGGCCCCCGACGAGCGGGAAGAGGACCUGCUGGACCAGGCCCCCCAGCUGCAGGAGAACUCCCGCCUGGGCUGCCAGAUCGUGCUGGGGCCGGAGCUGGAGGGGGCCCACUUCACCCUCCCCAGGGUCACCCGCAACUUCUACGUGGACGGGCACGUCCCCAAACCCCACUGACAGCGGGGGGGGGGGACACCCCCCAGUAGGACGAACACCCCCCCCCCCUGCCCUGAGCAGAACGACCACCCCCAAAGCGGGACAACCCCCCCCCCCGCCCCGAGCAGGACGAGACGCUGCAGGACGGUGACGGCGGAGCCGGGGGGGGGUCGGACCCCGGAGUGGGGGGGACACUGGGGUGUGCCCUCCCCCCCCCCGCAUCUCCUGGGGGCUCUGGAUUUGGGAUAACGAGCGCUGCGGUUCGUUAAUAAUAAAUCUGGUCUGAGCGGUGCUCGGGGUCCCUCUGGGGGGGCUGUCGGGGAACCCCCCCUGCCCCGAGUGGGAACGG